AUGAGAGGUGCGUUUACAAUAAGUGCAUUUGUUGCUGCUGCUACUGCUGCUGCCUCUGAUGCUAUAACUAUAAGAUCAACAACUAUUUCAUCAACUUGUUCGUCAUCAUCAACUUCAUCAGACGUGCCUGUCUUACCUUCUUCAGCACUUUCGGGAGGUUAUUAUGGAAAUAGCUCAAUCCCAGUGACAAGUGCUUCUGAAACUACCAGCAAGACCAAAAAGAUAUCAUACCAAUACGAAACCGCAUAUGCUACCAAUGCCGUUGAUAUCACACGUACAGUUUGCGAUUCAAAUGGACAAUGUUAUGUCACUACUGAUGUAGGAAAAUUGACGACAUACACUACCACUAUUGAUGGUAUCUUGACGGUUAUAACUACUGGUGUCCCUGUUGAGCCAACUGAAGCUAGUGCGACAGAACAGUCAACUCCUGAAACUUCAUCAUUCUACCAAUCUAAUGCUGGCAAAGGAGCUACUGAAACACACUCUGAGGCUAGAGAAACUUCCACCACCGAAUCUCCUCAAAGUAUAUCCAAAGAGACAACAGCUCCAAAGGAAUCGAAAGUAUCUGAAGAAUCAACCACAUCAAAGGAGUCGACUACUUCAAUUGCCUCUUCAAACGGAAGUGAUGAAGCUAAAAGCUUAGCCACCACCACCACUGCAGCCCCACUUCAACCUCAAACACAAUACUUGACCACCUUGGUCACCAUAACUUCUUGCUCUGAAAACAAAUGUUCAGAAGUUCCAAAGACUACUGGUGUGAAAAUUAUUAGUGAAUUGGACACGGUAUACACCACCUAUUGUCCAUUGACAGAAGUUUCUGAGCCAUCAACAACAACUACCGCAUCACAUUCUGAAGCACCACAUUCUGAAGCACCACAUUCUGAAGUACCACAUUCUGAAGCACCACAUUCUGAAGCACCACAUUCUGAAGCACCACAUUCUGAAGCACCACAUUCUGAAGUACCACAUUCUGAAGUACCACAUUCUGAAGCACCAAAAUCAUCAACUGAGAUACCUCAAGAAUCAACCGAAGCACCAGCCACAUCCACUGAAGUUGCCAAACCAGAAACCAGCGCCACUUCAACCAAAUCCAAAUCACAAGCAACUGUUAAUGUAAUUACAGACAAUAUUGUUACCGAGACCCCAAGUGUGGAACAACAACAAGCAACGUCCCAAGAGACUGUUGCUAACGAGUCCACCUCAACCACAAGCGAAUCGCCUAGUAUAAAUACUUAUGAAGGUGCCGCUAUGUCGGUAUCUGGUGCUACGGGAUUCAUCACAGUAGCUAUCUCAGUAUUGAUGUUGAUGAUAUAG